GUUCAACUGCCUAUAUAUCUUUCCCGAUUCCUAAAACCUGAUCACAUUUUCCCAAUACUGGGUUGAUAACCUAACCAUGCAGCGGAGAUCAAGGGGAAUUAACACUGGACUGAUUCUGCUACUCUCUCAAAUCUUCCAUGUUGGGAUCAGCAAUAUUCCACCCGUCACCCUAGCAACUUUGGUUCUCAACAUCUGGUUCUUUUUGAAUCCUCUGAAACCGCUGUUUGAGUCCUGCCUUAGCGUGGAGAAGUGUUACCAGCAAAAAGACUGGCAGCGCUUACUGCUUUCUCCCUUUCACCAUGCAGAUGACUGGCAUUUGUAUUUCAACAUGGCAUCCAUGCUGUGGAAAGGAAUAAAUCUAGAAAGAAGACUUGGAAGUAGAUGGUUUGCCUACGUCAUCGUCACAUUCUCCCUACUCACUGGAGUGGUGUACCUGUUCUUAGAAUUUGCUCUUGCAGAAUUCAUGGAUGAACCUGGCUUCAGAAGGAACUGUGCUGUAGGUUUCUCAGGAGUUUUGUUUGCUUUGAAAGUUCUUAACAACCAUUAUUGCCCUGGAGGCUUUGCCAACAUUUUGGGCUUUCCUGUACCCAACAGAUUUGCUUGUUGGGCAGAACUUGCGGCUAUUCAUUUCAUCUCACCAGGGACUUCCUUCGCUGGGCAUCUGGCCGGGAUUCUUGUUGGACUAAUGUACACUCACGGGCCUCUGAAGAAAAUCAUGAGAAAAUGUGCAGGCAUUUUUUCCUCCAAUAUGCAUUAUUACGGACAUCAGGACCACUUUAAUAGUUCAGGAACCAGCCAGCCGAGCCCCCCGCCCUACGGGUUCCAUCUCUCAGCAGAAGAAGAAAUGAGAAGGCAGCGGCUGCGCAGAUUUGACCACCAGUGAGGGGUCCAGUUGCGGGAUUACUGCCCACGUGGUUCGUCCCCCGAGCCCUGACUCUGCGCCGAAGCCGAGUGCAGCCUGCUCUGCCGUAGGCUUCGGCCCGCCGUCCCAUGGCCCCCGUGGGUCUCCGCGCACGGCCACUUUGACUUGCCUUGAAACCAGCCUUCUGGGUGCAGCUCACAGCUGUCGGGGCCCUUCUCCUGCCCGCCCCCC